CAAUAUUUUGCUUUAGUACUCACUUUGCUUUCUACUUUUCAUUAAUUUGUUUUGUAAAUAUGAAAGCAAGUUAACUGUAUGACAUUUCCUUCAACGCAUUCGAUUUUGUUUAAAAUUUUUUGAUGUUUCUAUAAAUGAUUUCGACGAUUAAAUUUAUUAUGCCGUUUCAUGGCACGAAGGCUUGAUUGCAGUAGACGAAACAGUAGGACAGUUCAAAGACAGGCAUCUGUUUUGAAUCCACCAGAGCUGGGAGCCGAUACAAAUAAUCGUUGUUGCUGGAACCGAUUAUGGUUUGUUCAAGAUAUAUGUGGAAUCAUCUGUGCAGUUUUAACAUGGCUGCUUGUUCUUUAUGCAGAAUAUGUGGUUGUGUUUGUCAUCCUUCUGCCAUCGCCCUAUCUUUAUUACAGCGCUGUAAAUUUUGUCAUUUUCCAGACACUAGCAUUCUUAGCAAUAAUAUCACAUCUCAGGACUAUGUUCUCUGACCCUGGUGCUGUACCUAGAGGUAAUGCAACCAAAGAAACAAUUCAACAGAUGGGCUUAUGUGAUGGUCAAGUUGUAUAUAAGUGUCCUAAGUGCUGUUGUAUUAAACCUGACAGAGCCCACCAUUGCAGUGUGUGCCAGAGGUGUAUAAAGAAAAUGGACCAUCAUUGUCCUUGGGUUAAUAAUUGUGUAGGAGAAAAAAAUCAGAAGUAUUUCGUUUUGUUCACAUUUUAUAUAGCUGUGAUAUCUUCUCAUGCCUUUUUCCUUGCUAUCAGUCACUUCAUAAUGUGUGUUAACAGUGAUUGGAACAAAUGCUCAAGCAAAUCUCCUCCUGCUACUGUAAUACUCUUGAUUUUGCUGAUUUUUGAAGCCUUGUUGUUUGCUAUUUUUACUUGUGUCAUGUUUGGAACUCAGGUUCAAGCUAUCUGGAAUGAUGAAACGGGCAUAGAACAAUUAAAAAAAGAAUCUGUACGGUGGCAAAAGAGAUCACCAUGGCGAAGUCUUCGUUCAGUUUUUGGGCGUUUUUCUUUGGUGUGGUUUUCUCCAUUCACUGGCCCAUCAUUAAACUUAAAUAAACUUGAUGGUUACCUACAUGCUGUAUAACUGUCAAUGUGUAGGUGCUUUGUUGCAUCUAUGCUUUAAUUGCUGUUGAAUGUAAUUUUUUAAUAGAAAUUUGUUAACAAAUCCUGUGUUAUUGGAAGAAAGAUAAGGCCUGGGUAAUAAAUAUUUUAUAAUGGCACUUGUAAUAUUAUAAGGCAUUUAAUAUCCAAAAAUGAAGAAAAAAAAGAUAAUUUGUGUAUUCACAUUAAUUGAUUAUACCAGUAAUAAAUGUAUGCCUUUUCCUAGUACAUGGAUUUUAAUGCAGAACAAAAUGUUUUCUGCAGAUAACUAUAUUCUUAAUUUUCACCGUCCAUUUAUAUUUUAUCUGUUGUCUCUUAUUUUCUAAUUGAUCAUAUUACAGUAAUUGUUAUUUGGAUUAAAAUUUUUAUUUAGGCAUCUUGAAAUAUUUCUAUUAAUUUAAUGUGUGUGUUGUACUUUGAAAAUUGUUAAAAAAUUCUUAAUAAUUCAAAAAUAUGUAAUUUCUAUGCAUGCAAAAUGACUUUUCAUUUACUGAAUGAUUAUCAGUAUGAACUUUAUUGGAAAAGAGAAUCAGUUUGAAAAAUAUUAUUUUGUUUUGCAAAUUUUAUCGAAUGUAUUCAAAUGCUGAAAUAUAGCUUAUGUAACUGGUAUUUGAUGAAGUUUGGAUUGAGUUGUUUUUCUCAGACAAAUAUAUAUUCAUGCUUCGCUGCAUUUUAAAAUUUAUAUGCUAUUGCUUUGUUUGGGUGUGGCUGGGUAAAGACAACUGAUAUAACUAUCUCAAUUACUCUUCUUUUGAAGUAAAGUAAAAACACUGUUUUAAUAAAUUAAAAAAAAUUAUAUAAAGAAACGGAGUAUAUCGGAUUGCUCAUCGUUGAUAUUGAAGUUUUCUUUUUUAUGUAUUAAUCUUGUUAGUUUUUAAAAAAUGAGUCUGAAUUGAUGAUGGUAGAAAAGGAGUACUAAAAUAUUCAUGUUUUUCCGUGAAAUGUUUUGAUGUUUUUAGAAAGUCAAACAUGUUUAAAUACAUUCACGUUUUGAUGAAUUUUUUGCAACGUAUUAUAAGGAAUUUUCUACCUUGGAAAUGCUCAUUUGCAUGUCACAAUGCUAAUUUUCUAAAAAUUUAAAACUGCAUUACUAAAAUACAGGUUCAGAAUCAUAGGUACAAAACAUUUUUUACUUGGCUAGGCAAAAAGUUGGAUGUUUAAAAAUAAUUGUGUUUGAAAGUAAUAUUAGAAAUACAAGAGGCUUAAAAAGGCACAUAAAAGUUCAGUACAUUUAUUAACUAGAGAUUAAUUUCAUAUAAAAAUUAUUUUAUUAAUAAUACCAAUUAAUUAAUGUAUUUUUAAAGUAAUAUUAUACAUACAUAUAUAUUCAAUUUCAAACUAAGGCUUAAAACAGCUUUUUAAAAUAUGUUGUCGGGUUUAAUAUUGAUGACAUUUUGCUGUAUUAUUACUACUCUUUGUACUCGUCAUAAUUUUGUUAUGCAGUUUGCUCUAUUGAAAUAUAUUAUUACCUUUUAAAAAAUUACAUAUUUUUCUUAUUAAUCUUAAUGAUGAUUUCCUUAUUCCAUUCUGCCUUAUUAGAAUUGGGAGUGAAGCAUCAUUUACUGCUUAGUUUUCAUUCCAUAUCUGUCAGUGAAGGUGUAUGAAAUAUUAUGUAAGUAUUUCUGUCAAACUUCUUUAUGCCAUGACAUCAGAAUUUGAAAUAUUCUGAUAAAAUGAAGUAGUUUUUGUAAGUGCGAGAUUAUAAAAAAAAAGUUGACAUUUUCAUGAAAAUUUUGUAAAGAUGUUUCUGUAUUUAUUUAUUGUAUUUUUAGGUGAAUUUAUUUUGUUAAUAUUUAAACCUUUCACAUAAGCCACAUGUUUUCUUUGAUACAAGUGUGUAUCAAUCCUUCUUUCAUGUUUAUGUUUUAAAAGUUAUUUCAUUUUGAGAUUGUUCAUUGAAUUGUUUGUUUAAAAUUUGAAUAUUUCUAUGUUUCAAAUACUUAUAAAAAGUCAUCUACAUUUUUGGAUUCUAGAAUUGUGAGUAAUUCAUUACAAGUCACAUGUUUUAGACAGUGAGUUAAUUAAAACCACUAAAAUGUUUUUGUAUGUUUAUAAUUAGUGGUAAAAGCUUGUAGUGUUUGUUGAUAAAUUACAAGAGCUGAUUAGAAAUAUGUAAAUUUAUUAAUUAGUAGGUAGAUUACUAUUAAAUGUUAAGUUAUUAUUAUCUUUUCAUUUUUUUUAAAAAAUAGUACUAAAAGAGCUUUGCUUAAUGUUCUUAAUAUGAUUGCUAUAUAAUUAUAAGAAACGUUUAAAACUGGAAAAUUCAUGCUUUUUAAAUAAAUUUUUAGUGUUAUUAGUAGAUUAAUAAUUAUUUAGAUGUCCAAUUAAUAAAUUAGCAUAUUAUUUAAAUAUUUAUUUUCUAUCUGAUAGAAGAUUUAUAUUGUUACUACAUAUAAGUUUUGUGCAUUAUGUAGAUAUUUUCAAUGGUAUCAUGCUUCAUUUUUGAAGGAAAAAUAAAGUUGCAAUAAAAAUUUUCAUGCAGAUAGCAUACCUUAUCCUGCAAAACAAUUUAAAAAAUGUAUUAUGUUACAUUUAAAAGAAUUGUGAUUUUGAAAUAUUUUAUAUCAAUGUUAAAAUUUCUACAUACUUGAAUUUAAUAAGUGACAAACUAAAUUGUAUUAUAUUUAUAUGUAGCAGUUGAUGAGAUCAGAGUUGAAAUUUUAAAGUGAUUUUUAUGCCUUUGUGUUCUUAUCUGUGUUUUAAAAUAAAUCAAAGUAUUUUUACAGUUUUACCUUUGCCUGAGAUUUUAGGAGGAAAAUAUAAAUUUUUUCUAGGCUCACAUUGUUUUUUUAUAUAUGUAUAUUUUAGUUUUAAUAUUUUUGUUGUAUUUUUAAUAAAUAAUAAUUUGUUAUGGAUAAUAAAAUUUUGUAUGACAUUAAUCAGUGCUAUAUUAUUUGCUUCAAAUGUAAAGUAGUUAUUAAAUAUUUUAAAUGCAGUUACACUAUUAUGAAACAAAGUUUCUUGCAAAUUGUAUUUUGAAGUGUUAAAAUUCAGUAUUGAGCUUUUGUUUGUAAAUUACGACUGUUUCAUUGUAAAUAUAUAAGUAUGGCACUUGGUAGUAACAUUUAGAAAGAAAUGUGAUGUAACAUCACUAUAUUGUUAAUGUUGCAACUAAUUAGCUACAUUAUUGUGACUAAUAUGUUAGUUGCUUCUGAAAUUACUGUGAAUGUAAAAUAUUGCUAGAUUUUUUAAAAAAGUGAAACGUCCAAUAAAUAUUUACU